UUAUGAGAGAGCAUGAGGAAGCAGCGCACGUUGUUUCCAUUUUCCCUAAACAUAAAAGUGAAGAAGAAAAAGAAAGGAGAGAAGAAGAAGAAGCAAGAACCAGUUACUCUUUACUCAAAAGCACAAAUCGUUUAGUUUUAAUUAUUUAUUUUCUGUGAAUUAGGGUUUUCAAAGUAGUUCUGAGAAUUGGGAAAGUGAGGGACGGAGAAGAUCACUGAUCAGACAUGGCGGUUUUAUCAAUGGAUUCGUUACCUCUAGGGUUUCGGUUCAGACCGACGGACGAAGAGCUCAUCAACCACUACCUGAAGCUCAAGAUCAACGGUCGUAAUUCCGAGGUCCAAGUGAUCCCCGAAAUCGACGUUUGCAAAUGGGAGCCUUGGGAUUUACCCAAGAUGUCGGUGAUAAAGUCAGAUGAUCAAGAGUGGUUCUUCUUCUGCCCCCGGGAUAGGAAAUACCCAAAUGGCCAUAGGUCCAACAGAGCCACUGAUGCUGGCUACUGGAAGGCCACUGGUAAGGACAGGACCAUCAAGUCCCGCCAGUGUAAGUCUGCCUCCAACAGCACUGGCCAAGUUGGGAUGAAGAAGACCCUGGUUUUCUACAGAGGUCGCGCUCCCAGGGGCGAGCGCACCAGCUGGAUCAUGCAUGAGUAUCGUGCCACUCAGAAGGACCUUGAUGGCACUGCUCCUGGGCAGGGUGCCUUUGUUCUGUGUCGCUUGUUCCAUAAGCCAGAAGAGAAGGCUGAUGUACUAAAGUAUGAUGAAGUAGAACAAACUGGCUUAUCUCCUACCACAACUAAGUCUUCUCCUGACGAGACAUCCUCAGAUGUAGUUCAGGAAACAGCUACAUCUGAUAUGCAAGGUGAAAAGCAAUCAGAAAGUAUCAUGAGGUGGUGGAAUGAUAAAUCUGAUAACAUGAGCCCUGAUGCUCUGCCUCCGGUACCUGGUGACAGUUUUAUGGCCUCUGAUGUGGAAGAUCCUGGAGCAGAAGAAACAGGCAUCCAAGGGCGUCUCCUAAUGGAAGAAAAUCAACUGUUCGAUGAGCCCUUCAGCGGCCAGAUUGAUUGCAAAGUCUUUUCGCCUUUGCAAUCGCUGAUUAACUCAGACCUAGAACAUUACGUGGGUUCACCUUUUACCAGUGACUUUGGCAAUUACAAUAAUGGACUCCAUUUUCAGGAUGGCACAUGUGAACAGGAUGUAUCCUUCCCAGAACUUUUGGAUGAGUUCGGCGUUAACCCUUAUGAGAGUUCCUGUGAGGAGUCAACGAGUCAGAAGAACUUGGUGGUUGGAAACGAGACCUAUCUAUCUGGUCAGUCAUGCAUGCUACAGACCACGCCACCAGGAAACUCAUGUCUCGAUGGUGCAUGGGAUAACACAGACACCAACAUUGCCCAGCAUGACCUGGAAAGGAGAGCUUCUGGCUUGUACAACAGGCAAUUUGAUGCUGAGGAUCUGCUGCCGAAAACUUCAUUGGGUUAUUACCAAGCUGAAGCUCAAGCAUCGCUGGAUAACCAAAAAACUAGAAUGGGAAAUAUGGCUGACAAUUAUUUUCCUCCUUCCGCACUUGCGGAGCUGUUUCCUGUGAGUUCAGUAAAUGAUACGUUCAACAAUGGGGAAGAAUUUUCCAGUAGCAAGGAUUCUGUUAACCAUGGUUAUGAUCAGGUUGGUAGAACUAGAAUCAGGAUUAAGACUCGCCAGCCUCAACAACAAUCAAAUUCAGAAAAUUAUGAAACUCAGGGCACUGCUCCUAGAAGAAUCCGUCUCCAUAUGAAUAUUUCAACUGGGUCAGUUGUCGAUAGUAAUGUGAGAGAGAGAGAUGAUGAGGAAGAAGAUGAAGUACAAUCAACUAAUACUGACGCUAGAGAAGCUAUACAGCAGAGUCAUACCUCUGAUGAACAGGAGAAAGAGCAUGCGAAAAUCAAUAAUAAGGAAGAAUUAACCAGUAGGAAGAACUCUGUCAACUAUGGUUCGGAUAUUGUUGGUAUAACUGGAAUCAGGAUCAAGGCCCGCCAGCCUCAACAACCAUUAAAGUCAGAUGAAUCUGUAACUCAGGGCACUGCUCCCAGAAGAAUCCGUUUGCAGAUGAAUCCAGUUGGUGAUAGCAAUGUGAGAGAUUCAACCCCUGGGAAAGAAGAUGAAGUGCAGUCAACUAUUAAUGAGACCAGAGAUUCCACACAGAAGAUUCCUGAUUCCGAUGAGCAUGAUGCAGCGUGCCAUCUUUCAAAGUUGGAAAUGAACGGGAAAAUCGCUGAAGACUCGCCAGCAGAAAUGGUUGAUAAGAGCAGGGAAACUGCUGAAGAAGCCCCAGGAAAGUUGAAGCUAAGGAUGGGUAGGGAUAGUUCAUUACACAGCAACCAUACGGGGCUGUCAGUGGCUUCGAAGGCGCUGCCUAAACAUCAUGGCCUGAUUUCUACAUUUGUUAUUUCGGUCGGCAUUCCUUUAGCGGUAACCCUGUUCAUAGCUUUUAGUGGGAUUUGGAUAGCCUCAAGAUCUUGACUUUGCAGGGAAGAGGCCAUAGGUGAUUAGGUGUUUCGUUCCACUCUGUGCUUACUUCAUUUGGAACGGGGUUUAGGGUUGUAAAUCGCAUUCUCAUAUGUGCGUGCAUAUGUAACCUUAGAUGAGAAAAAUAUUUGAGUGUGUGUAUUAAGAUUUCGUCUGUGUUUUCACUUCCAGACAACUCUGUUUUUCUGUGUAGAGUCUAGUUAGCUUUGACAUAUAUUAUGAUUAGCGUAUAAUAAAGUGUAAAAUUUGUAAUUUAAUUUGUAUGAUUAUCUUCUGUUUUGCC